UAAGUAACACGGGAAAUGCUAAAACAAAGAGCAUUUAUGACGCCAUGGCAUUGCGUAUACCUUUCAUCGCUCCAUAAUGUUGACGUUUAACGGAGGUGAAAAUGAAUUCUAAUUUGCAUGCGUACGUUCAUUACAAACCCCGCGACGACCAAAGCGUGCUGAACUGCCAUUUUCAUAACGUUGAAAUUCCCACAGAAGUGCACAGCCAUUCCUUCCCCAACGUUUCUCUGGGAGCUCGUUGAUUUCCUAUUGGGGUUGUAAAUAAAUCAAGAAAAACAACACCCAACCCGCCAGGAUGGAAAUGUACUUUUAAUUGGAAACAAACAUGUUCAUUUGCAUACGGAUGGAGCUGACCUUGUUCCAUAUAGCUAUGCCCGUCCGAUUUACGCCUGCUGAGCUGAGCCGAAAGGGAUUCAUUUCUUUUCCUCCCGGGACGUGUUGCUUCUACAUGCAAUACUGUGGUCCGGUCCGGAAGUUCGUGCUUCACGCCAAUCCCGUGGCGCCCUGGCUACGCAACCUGUUGCAUAUUCAUCGGCCUACGGCGUGGAAUUUGUUAUUCUUGGAUUGCGGAAAACACUGACCGACGAUGACGACGACAUCAGAAACGAUUCGACCGUCGCGAGAAAUGGAGCGCUCGAAAGUUCAGCUGGCGUCCGCCGGAGCCAAGGAGCUGUUUCUGGAAUACUGUAGCAACAGUUCGGUGCACGGAGUUCGAUAUUUCGGAUGCCGGGAACGAUCGCUAUGCGAAAAGUUCUGGUGGGUGGUUGUGUUUGUCCUGUCAGUGGGAAGUUGUGUGAUGUUGAUCCUGAAAACGUACCAAAAGUGGGACCAAACACCGGUGAUUGUGAGUUUUAACGAAAAAUCUACUCCGGUGUGGCAGAUUCCGUUUCCGGCGGUGACCAUUUGUCCGCAGACCAAAGUUAAAAGUGAAAUUUUGAACUUUUCUCGAGAUUUUGGAGAGUUCAUCAACAUGGACUCUGGUGAAGCAGGAGAUUUCAACCGAACAGACUAUCUUUUGACAAUGAUGCAGCUAUGUGAGAGGACGUUUUACACCAUCGUAUUGAGAGAAGCACACUCGCUGCCUAACAAAGCAAGUCACCAAAGUUAUGCCUCGAUUGUCCGCGAAAUGUCUCUUUCAAUGUACCAGAUGAUGGAAUAUUGCAUGAUCCGAAGUGAACUCAAAUUUUGUGAGGACAUGUUUAGCCACACUAUGACCGAAGAGGGUAUCUGCGUGAGUUUUAACCUUUUGUCCGCUGCAGAACUGCUUCGCACCGAUGUUAUUCAGACGGUGGAUCCGUAUUUGUCGGAACAUCAUAAAGCUCCACACUGGACGCUUGAACAAGGAUACUCCUCAGAGGCAACGCUCAGUUCAUACCCCUAUCGAACCCUUGGACCCGGUUACUCCGCAGGCCUUUCACUACUUCUGUUAUCCAGCAACCACGACCUGGACUAUCUCUGCCGUGGACCAGUACAAGCUUUCAAAGUUCUGCUGCACUCUUCCGCCGAGUAUCCACAAGUUUCCCAGAGAUUCGUCCACGUUCCGGUGGAUCAAGAAGUCACCAUCGCCGUAAAACCACAAAUGGUCACAACAACCGAGGGACUUCGCAGCUACACUCCGGAACGCCGCCAGUGCUUCUUCAACAACGAACGGUAUCUGCAGUUCUUCAAAAUCUACACCCAGGACAACUGCGAACUUGAAUGCCUCACAAACUACACUCUUCAGCGCUGCAAUUGUGUCAAAUUCUCCAUGAUGUACGCCAACGACACCCCAGUUUGCGAAACCAAUCAAAUCUAUUGCAUGCUUGAUGCGGAGAACGACCUUCUGGAGAUGGACCUGGUCAGCCAUCAGGACCAGCAGGCGAACUUCCGAGCUCAGUGCAACUGCCUACCGGCGUGCACUUCCAUCCAAUACGACGCGGAAAUCACGCAAACGGACUUCGACUGGCAGAAGUGGAGCCAGGCCAUCGAACUUCCUCUCAAUAGCACCACAGGGUAAAUUGCGUAAAUUCGAUUGAUGAUGAACACGAAGGUGACUCAUUUCCUCUCGCUCGGUUUCAGAAUGCACGUGGCCCGACUGGGAAUCUAUUUCAAGGAGGCGCAAUUCAUGACUUCGAAGAGAAGCGAGCUGUACGGGUUGACCGAUUUCCUGGCCAAUUGCGGAGGGUUGCUGGGGCUGUGCAUGGGUGUUAGUUUGUUGAGUUUGGUGGAGCUGUGUUACUUUUGUACGGUGCGUCCCUUUUCACUGUGGAGGAAGCAGAAACGUGCCGAAGUGGAUGCGAAAAACUUGAAAUAUGACGAAGUGCCGGGAAUAAGUUUGCUGUCGAUGUCGAUGAAAGGAGAUAAGGAGUUACAGUGAUUCGUCAAAUUUAUGUCCAAUUAUGAUGUUUAAUGGUCGACAUUUUGUGAUAUUAUAUAGACAAGUGGAGAUUGUGAUUACAUUCAAAUAAUUUACAGCAGGUUUUAAUAACAAUGCUAGGUGUACUCUUAAACCAUAAUGAUGUUUCUCUUUAUUGUUAUAAUGGAAUAAAACUCUUCAUGAGCAAACAAAUAUACUCACAUACAUAUUUCGUCGUAAGGAACACUAGCACAGACAAACAGAUGUAACACACUGAUUAAACGGUCUAUUGAAAAAUUAGAUUGUUGGCCAACUGUCCAUUCGUAGCGCUCGCAUCGUUUUUGUUCGAGUUUGAUGGUUGCCUACUACCCCCACCUAGUUGAUUUUCUUCUUCUUCUUCUCCUUCUUCUUCUUCUUCUUCUUCUUCUUCUUCUUCUUCUGUAUGGCUCUACGUUCCCACUGGAACUUGGCCUGCCUCGCUCCAACUUAGUGUUCUUUGAGCACUUCCACAGUUAUUAAUUGGAGGGCUUUCUUUGCCUGCCAUUGCAUGAAUUUGUAUAUUGCGAGGCAAGCACAAUGAUACACUAUGCCCAGGGAGUCGAGAAAAUUUUCCCGGCCGGAACGGGAAUCGAACCCGCCGUCUCCGGAUUGGCGAUCCAUAGCCUUAACCACUAGGCUAACUGGA